GCGCUUGCUGUCUGCUGAACAGCUCCAAGCGAGAACAAGGCGUGCGGCACCAGCAGCAGCCCUGAGCACCAUGCUCUUUGGAUCGUAGACUUAUUGGGUGCUUUUUUCUUUUUUUUUUUUUUUUUUUUCUUUUUUUUUAUUUCUGUUUUCGCAAGGGACACUUUACUAAUGAAACAAGGACGCUUGGCUGGAUCAUAGGAAUAUAGGAUUUAAAUACCAUCAUCUUCCCUUUAGAGUCAGCAAAACUAGAAAUGACAUCUGCUGGUAAAGAAAGCAGUGGAGCUCAGCAUGCCCAGUAUGUUGGACCAUAUCGUCUGGAAAAAACGCUUGGGAAAGGACAAACAGGAUUGGUGAAGUUGGGAGUCCACUGUGUAACAGGUCAAAAGGUUGCAAUAAAGAUCGUCAACAGGGAGAAGCUGAGUGAGUCUGUGUUAAUGAAGGUGGAGCGAGAAAUAGCUAUUCUGAAGUUAAUAGAGCAUCCUCAUGUAUUAAAAUUGCACGACGUCUACGAAAAUAAGAAAUAUUUGUAUUUGGUAUUAGAACAUGUGUCUGGUGGGGAAUUGUUUGACUAUCUGGUUAAAAAAGGAAGAUUAACACCAAAAGAGGCCAGGAAGUUUUUCCGACAAAUAAUUUCAGCAUUAGAUUUUUGUCAUAGUCAUUCAAUAUGCCACAGAGACUUGAAACCAGAGAACUUGUUGCUUGAUGAAAAAAAUAACAUCAGGAUAGCAGAUUUUGGAAUGGCUUCUCUACAGGUUGGAGACAGUUUGUUAGAAACCAGCUGUGGGUCACCACAUUAUGCCUGCCCAGAAGUUAUCCGAGGAGAAAAAUAUGAUGGAAGAAAGGCAGAUGUAUGGAGUUGUGGAGUAAUAUUGUUCGCAUUAUUAGUGGGUGCAUUACCGUUUGAUGAUGACAAUUUAAGGCAGUUACUGGAGAAGGUAAAACGUGGGGUAUUUCAUAUGCCACAUUUCAUUCCGCCUGACUGUCAGAAUCUUUUACGUGGAAUGAUUGAAGUAGAUGCUGUCAAUAGAUUGACGCUAGAGCAAAUUCAGAAACAUAUAUGGUAUAUAGGUGGUAAGAACGAACCAGAACCAGAACAGCCAAUCCCACGAAAAGUGCAGAUCCGAUCUCUUCCAUCCCUUGAAGAUAUUGAUCCUGAUGUAUUAGAAAGUAUGCAUUCUUUAGGCUGUUUCCAAGAUCGAAAUAAACUCCUACAGGAUUUACUAUCUGAAGAGGAAAACCAAGAGAAGAUGAUUUACUUUCUCCUCCUAGAUCGAAAAGAGAGGUAUCCAAGCCAUGAAGAUGAGGAUUUACCACCUCGGAAUGAGAUUGACCAUCAUCUUCUAGAUCCACCACGAAAGAGAGUAGAUUCACCGAUGUUGAACAGGCAUGGGAAACGACGUCCAGAAAGAAAAUCCAUGGAAGUGCUUAGUGUGACUGACGGUGGUUCGCCAGUUCCAGCACGUCGAGCUAUUGAAAUGACACAGCAUGGACAGAGUAAAGCUAUGUUCAGUAAAAGCUUGGAUAUCUCUGAAGCCAGCCCCAUACUCAGCAGAGAAGAAAGGUCAAGAUCUAUCAGCGGUGCCUCAUCGGGUCUUUCAACAAGCCCUCUCAGUAGCCCUCGGGUAACCCCUCACCCUUCCCCAAGGGGAAGCCCCCUCCCCACCCCCAAGGGGACACCUGUCCACACACCCAAGGAGAGCCCAGCGAGUACACCCAAUCCAACACCGCCUUCCAGUCCCAGCAUUGGAGGAAUGCCUUGGAGGACAAGACUCAACUCAAUCAAGAACAGUUUUCUGGGCUCACCAAGGUUUCACCGCAGGAAAUUGCAAGUACCUACACCAGAAGAGAUGUCAAGCUUAACGCCAGAGUCUUCCCCAGAACUUGCCAAAAAAUCCUGGUUUGGUAAUUUUAUCAAUCUUGAGAAAGAAGAACAAAUCUUCAUAGUCAUAAAGGACAAGCCAUUGAGUUCUAUCAAAGCAGAUAUUGUGCAUGCAUUCCUCUCGAUCCCAAGUCUCAGUCACAGUGUCAUAUCACAGACAAGUUUCCGAGCAGAAUAUAAGUCGACAGCAGGACCUGCUGUUUUCCAGAAACCUGUAAAGUUUCAGGUUGAUAUUACGUACACAGAAGGAGAGGUCCAGAAAGAAAAUGGCAUCUACUCGGUCACAUUUACCUUGCUGUCAGGUCCAAGCCGACGGUUUAAGCGAGUGGUAGAAACAAUCCAAACCCAGUUAUUAAGCACACAUGAUCAACCUUCAGUGCAGCAGUUGUCAGACAUCAGUAACUGUAUGGAGACGAUGACUGACAGACUUUCUAAAUGUGGCAGUCCAUUGAGUAACUUCUUUGACGUAAUUAAACAACUUUUUUCAGACGAGAAGAAUGGGCAGUUGGCACACCCACCAGGCACGCCAACAAAGCAUGGUGCAAACAGCAAGCGGAGCGAAUCCGAUGCUAAUGACUAUGGUUCUAGAGGCGAUUCUAAGUACCCAGCAGGCAAAGAAAAGACAAAGAUGGUCUCAUCUAUCGGGACACAAGAUCAACAUUAAAUUAUUUAAAAAAAAAUAAAAACACAAUCCUUAGAGAGCUAGUCUUAUAUACUAGGUGGAUGUACAUACCUGAAUACUUCGAUACAAAAAUGUCUGUACACAAAUUCUUUUGUAUGGAGGAAUGGCUGUAUAUAUAUCUGAUACAAAAUAUUAGUAGCACUUGCAAACUCCGUUCUACAGCAUUUUAUCCCAAUUUUUUUUUCUCUUCCCUGCUCUCUUUCUAUGAUGAACUUGACUUGCCUUCGCACUGCUACCAGGCGUUGUCCAGAAAACUUGUUAAAUUACAGCCUUGGCGUGCUCUUCCAUGCUCCGGACAUUUGUUGAAGGGAAGCUGCUGUUGUCCAAUGUCCAAGAUCCAGAACCCUCUUUUUAACAUCCUGUUUCAGUCCUUUAUACUUCAGCCACUAAAAAGCAACAACGAGACAAGAAAAGAGAAAAACCAAAGCCUUCAGGAACAUGUAUGCACCACAGAUGAACUCUUGGUAAAAUGGCACACCUUAUCAAGAGGCAGAUACCUUCAACUUGAACUUUGCAAAUAUGUCUCCUUUUGUAGGAUUCUAUGAACUGCCAGGAAACAUAUUUGAACUUAAGAACAGUCAUCUUACAGCACAAUACUGAAUUCGUAUAAAUUUGUAGACUAAUGCUGAACAAUCGUUCAUGUCCUCUUGUACAGCAUCUUGUAAUUGUAUAGAUUAUCUUUGAAUAGUUGUGAUACUUUGUUUAGCUGUAGAUGCAAUCAUUGUGUUGCCAAGUCUAAGUUUACCAGUAUUAUUUAUUUUAGAUUUUAAGAGUUUAAUUUUUUUUCUCACCGUAUUUCUCUGUUUUGCUGUUCCCUGUUCUUUACUUUGUUUUCGUAAAAGCACUGUGCCUAGUACAGCAGUGUUCCUUAGUCUACAUUUCCAAGAACAAACAUUGUCGACUGAAACAUAAAUCAUGCAGAUAUUUUUGUAACUUUUUUAUUGUUCUGUCUGAAAAGUAUUGUCUUAUUUAUUUAUAUGUACAUAUGCACAUGCAGUUAUUAUGUAGAGGCAACACUAACAUAUUUAUUUCGUUAAAGAAAAUGAGACUAUUUUCUCCUAAUUUAUGAGACUGCUGUGAACAAUGUUUAUUUAUUUUGCCCAACAUCAAGGAAACUUGUAGUAUAUGUUUAAAUACCAAUGCUUCAAGAAUGUAGAAUAGCACUAGUGUCUGGAAAAUUAUUACCUUAUGCCACUAUUUGGUAGUUUCAUAUCAGUGUGAGUGUACUACAGGUUUUAAAGAAAAAGAAAAUCUCUCUUGGACCAGUUUUACUUGUAUAUAAGAUGAAAUCUGGCUGAUGACAUUUGAUCUUUGACCUUCUGGGAAGGGAAUUUUUUUUCCCUGUUCUUGAACUUUUAUCUUCUAUUACUGUUUGCAUGUCAGACAUGGGGUUUUUUCUUUGCAUGAAUUUGCUGUAACUGUUCCAUAAUGCCUCUGUCUUCUUUACUGCUUUCUAUUUUCUCUGUUUUUCCCGUUCUAUAUGUGCACAGGUUCUAAUGCUUCCUUUACACGGUGCAGCUUUGCAGCCAGGCUGGGAUUUCAAUGUACAAAUAAGGCAAGCCCAGGCAGUACAAGCAGGAAGGGAAUUACUAAAAAGAAAAUGAAAUAAAGCAAUACCUACUGUUAUCCUUCCUAUUUUGUACUUUGAAGACACAAACGUUUCAUUAUUUAACAGUAAAAAUAACUAAUGUACCCCUUGUAAUAUACAAGUGAACAAACUCAGUGCAGAACCAAUAAAUUCAUUCAUUUAAAGAA